CAACUUCCCCCACACCUUUGCUCCAAUAAACGAAACAGCCAAGAUGAAGACCACCAUCGCAACACUUGUUCUCUUCGUUACCAUGAGUCUAAGCGCCAAGACGACUUCCCUCUGCAAAGACGUGGGCAACAAGGUUAUUGAGGAUAAUGGGGUCUGUUCUACGGCCGGAGGUGCUCCUCUUGGCAAGGGCUCCAAUGCUCUUGUCAAGUCGAGGUUUGACAUUGCCUGUGAUGAUAAAUUGGGUACGGUUCAGGCUACUGGGGAGGCUUGCGAGCCCUAGAUAUGGAGCGGUGGAUUCAUUUGGUCAUUCAAGUCGUUUAGCGGUGCAUUCAAAAAGCGUCAUUCCAGCGAUGUGAUCUUCAAUACUAGUCUUCAUUUGAGGUUUCGAUGUCCACAAACUCAUACUAUCAGUGUUGA